UCCUGUUGCUACAUGUCAUUGUAAAAAGUCCCUCCCCAGCUUUUCUGUCAGCCCCCUUCAGGUACUGAUAGAAGUAGUUGAGGAGAAUGGUACUUCGACAUGUAUGAACACUCUCUGGAAGCAUUAGCUCUAUCUUCACUGAUGGUGAAAAGAAAAAGAAAACCAGAAUUCUUGGGAAAGAGUAGAAAGUGAAGCUUUUUUAUGCUACAGGAUAACACCAUAGUUAAUGUGCAGCAAUUAAACUACAAUUCUGAUUAUUCCAUCUCAGAAAGAUUAUGUUAAGAGGAAGUAAAGAGAUGAAUGACAAUAUUCUUUGAAGUGGAUGGCCUCUGUAUGAGAUGUCAUUAAAUAAAUGAAGAGUCUGAGGUAAAGAUGCGGUAUCUGAUAGAGGUUUGAAAAAUAAUUAAUACUACAGAGAAGGCAAAUAAGGGAAUGCUUAGGUUGCCAUUUCUCAUAACAAGAAAUGCAUGAUUUCCAGUGAAAUGUUAGAAGGCAAGAAUUUUGGGCUGCACAAAAACUUUGAUGGCCAUGUCUGGUUGUUCUUCUAUUGUAAUGAAGUGAGAGUACUGACUCUGGAAUGUGAUCAGUAUAUCCACAGUUGGUGCCUAUUUUCAUUGUACUGACAAAAACUCCUGGUGUUUCUUUUUCCCUUGUAAAUCUUCCUGGAUUCAGGGAAAGAAAAUGAGUUCAUUGCUAAGCAUUUGAAUAAUUUCUCAUGAAGCAAGGGAGAAAUGCGGAGCUUAUGAUGUGAUGUUCAAGCAUAGUCUUGUGCCUGAUGGGCAGCCUCUUGUUAUUAAAUGUUCACUGGAAAAGAGCUUCAAUUUUAAAAGUGGAGACUGCAACUUAACAUGUUGCAGGAAUUUGACAAGCUGCAGCAAAAUGUCUACAGAAGUAACAGUUUUUGAGAGGACCAAUGGCUUAUGCUUAAAUGAAAAAUUUGCUGUAGAGGAGGUGGUAUUCACUUCAUCAUCUGCAAAGCUUGUGUGUCCACACUUGGAUCACUUCAGGAAUGAGGAAAAUAUUCUACCUGUUCAUUGGUAUAAGGACUGUCAGCUACUGGAAGGAAAAAGAUUUGCCUUCUUAAACAGUGACCUUGUGAUUUUCAAUGUGACUGUGCAAGAUCAAGGAAACUAUACAUGCAAAACAACAUAUACCUAUGAUGGAAAGCAAUAUGACAUUGCACGAGACAUAAGAUUGAUUGUAGAAGUGAGCCCACCAAAAAUGCCCCCAGAAAUAUCUUAUCCACAGAACAACUCAAUUGAAGUGGAACUUGGUUCACUGGUCACAGUGGAUUGCAAUACAACUGGUGCUGAUGGGUUUGAGGUGUUUUGGACAGGCAACGGUGUGUAUAUUGAUGUGUUUUAUGUGAGCAGAAUUUUUGCAAAGCCCAAUAACGAGGAAACUGCUUACGAUGGACGCCCUAUGUAUUCUGUGAAGCUCAUAAUUUCAGAAGUGUAUAGUGAAGAUUAUGAACAACCAUUCAUCUGUCAAGCUUCAAAUGCCUUUGGACAGGUUGCAUCCUAUAUUAUAUUAAAACACAGAGUUCCUGAUGUACAAAGAUGGCUGACUGGAGUGUUUGUCUCUUUCUUACUGUUAACGUUUAUUAUUCUGAUCAUCUAUAAGAUUUUCAAGAUCGACUUGGUGCUUUGGUAUCGUAAUUCUGGAUGUGCCUUUGUAAGUAAGGAAGAUGGAAAAAUCUAUGAUGCAUGUGUCCUGUACACAAAAGGCUGUGAAGGCAGCAACUUCUAUCGUCUGGAAACCUUUGUUCUUAGAAUACUCCCCAACGUUUUAGAGCAACAGUGUGGAUAUAAUCUCUUUAUAUUAGGAAGGGAUGACCUACCAGGAGAAGCUGUGGUCAGCAUUGCUGAUGAAACCUUCAAGCAAAGCAGAAGACUGAUGAUUAUUUUGGGAUCUGAAACAUUUAGUUGCAUCCAGUUGGAAGACGCCUCUGAACAGCAAUUAGCUUUGUAUAGUGCUCUUAUUCGUGAUGAGACUCAAGUGAUUCUUAUAGAAAUGGAUGGAAUGCAGGACUACACAAGCAUGCCAGAGUCAAUCAGAUAUAUUAAGCAAAAGCAUGGGGCAAUCCAGUGGAAAGGAGAUUUCUCAGAGAAAUCUUGUUCAGCAAAUACAAGAUUCUGGAAAAACGUGCGCUAUCAAAUGCCAGCCAAGAAAAAAGUGUCUUUUUCUGAAGUUUAUUUGUCACCUCAAACUUUGAACAAUUCUGCAGCAAAGGGGAAUUAAGAUCUACUUACUGAAAUAGUACUGAGAAAGUGAUUUGGAAAUAUGUUUUCUACACAAAUUCUUUGUAUUACGAACAGAGCUUUUUUUUGGUCAAGAAGUAAAAACUGCUCAUCCCUUCCUGAAAUUACACCUUAAAAGGAAAACUGUGCAACUGUGUUUCUGUUUCAGCUACAAAUAAUGGCACAACUUACUCAGGCUUAUGCCUGAAUUAAGCAUUGUGGAUGUUGGUAUACUGUUCAGGAGUGGUAAUCCACAUUAGUUUAAUGUCCACUGAAGAAUCAACUGUGAGGUCUGUUUGUUUUCUAAUUCAAACUGCUGUUGAUGUUUAUGUAGACUGCAUUUUCCUAGCAGUUCUGUUCCUCUUGUUUUUGCCCCUCCAGAAUUAUCUGACCUCAUUACCAUAAAAAUCUGUACUGUGCAAGUUUUGGAGUCCACUCUUCAGUAACAAGCCUUACCCUUGGAGGGGAUAGGAAAAUACUGGGGAGAUUUGAAACGCCUCACAGUACUGCAUGCAUUUCAGUUGAACCAGUGAUUACCAAAUAUGCUAAACAAAUGGAGUGGAAUUCAUGAAUUCUCACACAUUUAUUAAAUAAUUCUGUAAUACCUGGUUUGUGGAGUGUUUCUAAACUUUGUCCCUUGAAAUGGUCAGGAAACUGAAAAUAUUUAUGACUUCUUUCAAAAUGGAAGCUUUCUAGACUUUGUUGCUAUUCAGGAAAAUAUGUUCUCAUUCUGUUUCUCACCUGUAUUAAGUGCAAACCUAGAAAUUUCACUCAGUCUGUCAAUGGACUGUAGUUGUGCAGGGCAUUCUCGGGAGUGGAAAGUGUCCAGUUCUGAAACCUGAUUAGGAGUUGAUGGCAAGAGAUGGUAAUAUUUUGUGUACUUGUGAAAGAAAAAAAGUAGAGGUGUGUGGCUAUCUCUGUUUGCUUGGAAGUAGUUCUGUAUUUUUGGAUACCAACCCAUUGUUCUGUGUGCACUGCUGUGUAAAAGGGAUGAGUCACAGUGGUCUGAAAUUGCAGCUGUUUUCAUUCACCAUCCCUGAAGAGUGUCAUCUGAAUGCAGACAUAAAUUCUGCUUGCUUUAUAGGUGUUCUUAUCUAAAAUUGAGCAGGUUCUUAAAUUGUCUUUAUUACCAACAUGGCAUCUGUCACAGAAUCCUUUCAGCUGAUUCUCAUAAGUGUGCAUACUUUGGAAUAUGUACAUGGUUGGGCUUUAUUUAUGAAGAUGAGAGAGAAGGAAUGGCCCAGGAGUGUAACAUGUAUUAAAGGAAAUAUUUACAGUUG